AUGGCUGUGUCUGGACUGAUGGAGUUGACCAAAGAAUUUGAGGAAAUCACCACCAUUCAGAUCAUUCUUGGGUGUAAGAAGUUCAAGCGACGAGGCUUUCUGCCGCNUGACGUUUUAUCAUGCGCACAACUGUGCUUGGCGCUUCCAAAAUGCCUGUCGUUCAAUUUUCAAAAUACAAAAAACGGAGUGUGCCAGUUAAACAGAGAAACAUCUAACUGUGAUAUGAUCAUAGACAAAAAUACAUUAUCUCCAAAGAAAGGAUAUUCAUUUCAUCAGCUGAUGAAUAUCAGCGAUUCAUUUGCCGAUCUUACAAGUGCAAAAUCAAGAGUGCACAGAUAUGUCUUUUCGAACUUGGAUGGCAAGGAAGAAACUGGACCGACUAGUACAUCCGGGUAUGCGGGGACAUCACUCGACGGCAAAGUCACUUUAAACAAUGGCAUCCAAAUUUGGAGUGUUCCCGUGACAGGAUGGUACGUCAUCGAAGCAUCAGGUGCAUCAGGUGCGAAUGGUACAAAUUGGAAUCAGACCGAGUGGAGGAUUGGCGGCUUGGGAGCCAAGAUAAGAGGAACUUUCACACUUGCAGAAGGAACCAAACUUAAGAUACUUGUAGGCCAGGAGGGUCACCAUGGUACAGACUUCGGUGAUGCGCCAGGGGGUGGGGGUGGCGGCACUUUUGUGACUUUCUUAGAUGCCACACCGCUAAUUAUUGCUGGUGGGGGAGGUGGUGGAGGGAAACCGGAGAAGCAAUUUGAAGACGGUGACCCCGGUCAGGCGACAGAGAACGGCACCAGAUGUGGCGGGACGGGAGGGAAUGGUGGACAACCAUGUAACGCUAAUACAGGGAGUGUAGAUUACAAUAUCUUAGUAGGAGGGGGAGCGGGGCUCAAAGGCAACGGGGGAGGGAAAAGCGAAGGCGGGCCUACGAUAACCAGUUCGUUGAGUUUCAUUAACGGCGGAGUUGGGGGCAUAUGUCCAGUAUCCAAGGGAGGAUUCGGUGGUGGAAGCUUCG